AUGGUUAGAUGGAACACCACCAGUGUGCCUGGCUUCAUCCUCAUGGGGCUGACGGACUCUUCAGGGACACAGCUGGUCCUCUCCAUGCUCUUUCUCCUGAUUUACCUGAUCACGGUGCUGGGGAAUAUGGGGAUAUUACUGAUCAUUCGCCUGGAUCCCCAGCUUCACACCCCCAUGUACUUUUUUCUCACUCACCUGUCAUUUCUCGACCUCAGCUAUUCAAGUGUCUUCACGCCUAAAACCUUACAGGACUUACUGACUUCCACCAAGAGCAUCUCCUUCCUGGGCUGCUUUACCCAGAUGUACUUUUUUAUAGUCUUUGGUGCUGCUGAAUGUUUCCUUCUUUCCUGGAUGGCCUAUGAUCGCUAUGUAGCUAUCUGCCAGCCUCUACACUAUCCAAUAAUUAUGUCCACAAGACUGUGCUGUGCCCUCCUUGCUAGCUCCUAUGUUAUUGGCUUUGUGGAUGCCACUGUGAAUGUGCUUUGCAUAAGCCAACUGCCCUUCUGUAACUCUAAUGUCAUCCAGCACUUUUUCUGUGACACAUCCCCAAUUCUAGCCCUGUCCUGCGCUGACACUUAUGAGAUUGAAAUUAUUAUAUUCAUUUGUGCUGGGUCUAUUUUAGUACUGUCCCUUAUCACCAUAUCUGGAUCUUAUGUGUCCAUCCUCUCCACUAUCCUGAAAAUUAAUUCCACUGCUGGAAAGAAAAAAACCUUCUCCACCUGUGCUUCCCAUCUUAUGGGAGUCACCAUAUUUUACAGCACUGUGAUCUUUACACAUCUAAAACCAAAGACUUCCUACUCCUUAGGAAAGGAUCAGGUGGCUUCUGUGUUUUACACGAUUGUGAUCCCCAUGCUGAACCCUCUCAUUUACAGUCUCAGAAACAAAGAAGUGAAAAAGGCUGUUUUCAGGAUCGUGCAGAAGAGUGCGGGUUCUAGAUAA